GCCCUCAACCAACGGCUCGACCAGCAGCAGUACUACCAGUCGGAGCAUCACCAGCACCUCGAUUACUUCGACGAGCAGCGCAGAGCACAACAACCACGCGAUGAUGAGCUCAAGGAAUGCCAUCUCGAAUGCGCACGGCAGAAGCAGCAGCUCACCGAUUACGAGCACGAGGUUGCCCAGGAGACCCCUCGACGUACCGCUAGUGCCCUGAAGCGCCAGGAACAAGCGGCAGGACGGGCGCUCACCGAGAAGCUCGAGACGGAGAUGCAGCACAACCUACAACACCAGCUACGAUCUGGACAAUCGGUGAACGACGAGGGAGUACACCGCAAGGAAGUUGAGGAUCUGAACCGCAGACUGCACAACGAGAUGUCCUCGUUCGAGCACAGGUACCGCGAAGUGAUGAACGAGAACCUUGCCAAUGCCCACCGCCAGAAGAUGCAAUGCGACGAGGACGCCCACGCGAAGGAGCAACUAUUCAUCGAGCACGGAGAGGUUCAGGCUCAGUCCCCGGAUAAGCAGCGCAACCAGUUUCGCCAGCUCGAAGAAUGGAAGGAACAUGAGGAGCAGCGGGCCAGGGGCUCCAUCCUGAUCCAACAGCAACGGCACCAUCAACGGCACGAAGCAUUCCAGGCGACGCUAGAAGCAGAAGCUCACCGUGAUCGAGUUCAGGAAGAACAUAUCGAGAAAGCCCUGCAGCGAGCCAAAAUCACCCCGGACGACUUCGACAAGGACAUCUUCGGGGGGCUCACGCGCGACCUCCGAGAUCGGGAGGGCGCGCGCCGCCGCAUCCAGCACCUUGCCGAGAUCGAG